AUGGAAGUGAUCAAUUUACUUAUAACAGAAAAAUUGACUAGUUGUUCAUUCGAGGAAAAGAAGGACGCGUGCAACGUCUGUAUUGGCGUGCUGGAAAAUUUCAAGCCUGUAAAGGAUAGUGAAUGGCUAAAUCUAUAUUGUGAGUCCAUUUAUGAGACGUUCAGCAGGAUGAGCCGAUGCGCUCGAGACGACGAGAGGCAGCUUACAUGGAACAGGCUUAAAGAACUUAUGUACGAGCUGACGUUAGCUUCUAAAAAGGUUUGGAAGGAUAAGAAUGAUCCUGAGCGAUUGUCCAUAUAUGUCUCGUUCGCAAAAUUAUGCAAAAGUUACUUGGACGUUGCCGAUGACGAAUCAUUCAAGAUGUGUGAUACGAUGGCAAAAGAAGCCAAGUUUGUCGGUAGGGGAACAUUGAGUGAUGAACAAUGGAGAGAAGCGAAUCAGUCCAUUGACGUGAUCAAGAAGGCCAUAUCUGAUGCACAACAUGAGCGUGAACUACUACAAGACUCGGACUCAUAA